AUGGGAGAUGAGCAGAAGCUAGUUGGCUGUGUUGAUUUUGACUUCAGUACAGAAGACAUUAACGUAUCAGCGGGGCCAGUAAAAGAAGCCAAAGAGCACCUUCCACCACCUGACCCACAGUUCCUUCCUAUCGAUGUUGUAUUUGAAACAGUUGCAAUUGGAGCUCUUCCUCCUCUGCACUUCCUCAAUGAGACCAUCUUUGAGAGGACGGCCUCAGAGAGAAAAGACGAGGAGAAAAUUCUUUCUCACAGCACAGAGCAGAGGUCUGAUCUCAUCUCUGGCAUGUACGAGGGAGGCCUGAAGGUGUGGGAGUGCACUUAUGACCUACUAGAGCUGCUUGAGAAAGACGGAGAGACGAUCAGGGGCAAGGCGGUUCUGGAUUUGGGCUGCGGAGCUGGACUGUUGGGAAUUCUGGCUCUGAAGAGAGGAGCCAGACAGGUCCACUUCCAAGAUUAUAACAGUACAGUCAUCGAGCAGCUGACCCUUCCGAAUGUAAUGCUAAACUGUCAAGAGGACGAGGAUGUGGACUGUGAGGAUGACAAAAAAGGGAAGGGAAAAGGGAAGAUUCAAGUGAAAGAGGAUAGUGAGAAGAAAGGUCAAGAGGGGGUCAACUCUGGCCAUCCACCUCCUAAGAAAAGAGCUCUUGACAUUUCUCGGCACCAGUUACUCAAGAGAUGUUAUUUCUUUUCUGGUGACUGGAGGACAUUUCUUCCUUUGGUUCUUAAACGAGAACCAAAGCCCAAGUUCGACAUAAUAUUCACCUCAGAGACCAUCUACAACACUGCAUACUACCCUGCUUUGCACGAGACCCUCCACAAACUGUUAGCACCCGAUGGUCUGGUCUACCUCGCCACCAAGUCGCACUACUUUGGUGUCGGCGGUGGGCUACAUCUGUUUGAGACAUUUGUGGAGCAGAGGGGUGUUUUCUCUCUCUGUCACCUGUGGGAUGGUGAAGAAGGCCUUCAGAGACACGUAGUAGCGCUUCGCUUCAAACAGCCCAAAAUCUGUUAA